CUAAAAUAAAAAAAUAUUGAUAGCGUUAUCUUAAACCAAAUUCGUAUUAGAUAUAGAAUUGAAUCGGACAUAAUCUAAACAUAUUUUGAUGUAAAAGAAAAAAAGGAUUCGGUGCUAGGAGUGCAAUAAUUUUAACUUCAUUAAAGUGAAGCCAGGUUUUGUCAAUUCAAUGGGACUCUUUCGAGAUCCACCAACUCAAUAAAGGGGUUUGCCAUUCGCAGGUCGGUUUUCUUCAACACCACCUCCCACCGGCGUUUCUCACCACCGCUGUCUACCUAAUCUAACGUCGUUUCUUCAAGACCUACCAUCGGCAGCUACCACCUUAAAAAACCCAUCAACGGCGCUUCUUACAGAACCAACAAACCCAUCACCGGCGACGAUCCAACCCUAAUCCCUCCUUACCGGCGACUUCUCUCCGGCAACUUCAGCAGCAAACUUUGAUAAGAACUGGGUCUGUUUUUUUUGUAGAUUUUAGGUUGUUCGCUGUUCAUCUCCACCAUUUUGGUCUAGGAAAUGUCGGUCGAUUCGAAUAUUUAACCCUGUACAACACAAAUCAGCGCGGUUAUCUCAUCUAUCUCUCUCUCUUUCAUUACUUGUUCAUCAACUAACCCCAAAUCCUUCUCAAUAAAAAAAUCAAAAUCGAAGUUUCUUCAAUUGACUGAAAAUGGAUACUGAGAGAAGUAGUGAGCCAAAACAGGGUUCUCCUUCCUUCUUCAAGGUCGUGCGUUACCCUUCUUCCCCACAUCUGUCAUUGCCAAUUGCUUUUGUUAGGAGGUAUUUACAUAAGAUCCCUAAAAACACAAUACUCAAGACUGCAACAGGGGAGCAUUCAUGGAGGUUGAAGAUUAAACAGAUCGGUGAAGAUUACUGUUUUGCCCAUGGAUGGGAGAAGCUGGCCCAGGAUGUCCAGUUGGCUGCCAGGGACAUUCUUGUCUUCUGGCUAGUUGAUUCCUUCACCUUCCAGGUUUCGUUCUUCGAUGAACAUGGAUGUGAAAAAGAUCUGCCAUUAACGCACACCAGUGAUGAUGAUGAAGAUGAUGGCCAACAUCAUGAUGAUGAUGAUGAUGUUGCGCCAUAUGAGGAUCUUUACUUUCAAAAGGUCAUCUGUGAGAGAAACCACAGAUAUUAUAUGGGGUUGCCGAAGAAAUUUGUGGAUUCUGCGGGGUUGGAAAAUAAAUCGAGCAUAAAGAUGAAGGAUAAAGAAGGAAAAGAAUGGAAAAUUGGGUUAAAAAUUGAAAUAUACUCGAAUAUAAGAGUCUAUUUGGCAUCGGGGUGGCCGCAUUUCCGACAAUAUCACGAUCUGUGCAACGGCGAUAUGUGUUUAUUUAAGUACAUCAAGAAAGAAAACGUCUUGAUUCUAGUGGAAAUGAUCAAGAGUAAAAGACCAACAAAACGACAAUCUUCCGAUGUCAAGGGGUUGAACAGGAAGGUCGGAAGACCGCCGGUUGAGAAACUAGAUGGCGGCGGUGGAGGUGGUGGUGGUGGUGUGAAGGUUAAAGUUGAAUAUGAAUCAGGUCCGGAGGCGGAGGUGGUGAAGAGAAAGAGGGGAAGGUCGCCGGUUGAGAGACAGUUAGGUGGUGGUGUGGAGGUUAAGAUUGAAGAUGGGUUGUGGCCGGAGGUGGGAGUUGUGAAGAAAAAGAGGGGGGCACCACCACUUGGAGAACCUUGUGGUGGUGGUGGUGGCGGCGGUGGAGUGAAGGUUAAGAUUGAAGAUGAAUCAUGUCCGGCGGAGUUGGAAGUGGUUAUGAGAAACAAGGGAGGGCCGAUGCCUGUUAAAGCUCGCGUUGGUGGUGAGGUGAAAGCUCGUGCUGGUGGUGGUGAUGUGAAACCUGAGCAAGAGAUGGAGAGUUUGUUUAGAUGCAAGCAAGUGAUUUACUUUUAACCUCAAGCUGGGUUGGUGGCGACGGAGACUGUGAUGGUGAUGGUGAUGGUGGUGGU